AUGGAGGGGAAGAAAGGGGGGUUAUGUGUGUCUCGUCGGUCUUUUCUCUCCCGGCCGAGAAGAAUCACCCGGAAUGCUGUGGAGUUCGUUCCGGAAUUCUGUUUUGCUGGACAACUCACGAGAUACUGA